UCGUAGAAUCCCCUCAGCUACGGCCUGGCACGCGAGUGCCAGUUCGUAAGCGGAACAUUCGCCUCCCACCGUGGUAGCUCCUUCCCGCGCGAGCGUCCGUAUAGUGUUUACGGUCGGGGCGGACGGCACGGACGCCGACGGUUUGCGAGGAGCGUGCGUUUGCGGUGCGCGGGGUACUCGAUUUAGCCGCGUCCCCCGUCGGAGCCAAGACAGUUGGUUCUCCCUCGACCCAAAGGCGCGAAAAUUGGUGUCACCGGAGCGCUGGGUUUCUAGGCUCAGUCGCCCUUGAUCCUCGCCCUCGGCGCAGCGGAGGCGCCAAGAAGAGGAGGCACGUGCUCUCUGAGGGAGGUUGUGAAUCCGUUUACAUGCCGCCACCGAGCCGGCCAUCCCGCGCUGGCUGAUAAGGCUGAUUGCGGAAACGGGGAUGCCCUCUAUCUGGACCCGGAGCCCGGCUCUUUAUCGGCACCCUGCACCCUGCUCUUUGUUUAGCGAUGAUCAGUCGGAGAGUGAGGGGAAGUUACGCGUACUUUGCAGCCCUCGCGGCGCUUCUUCGUCCAUGACAGUAGGGGACACCACGCCGCCGCCACCAUCAUGGCUCUCAGAUUGAGCAGCCCUGCAUUAGUCUUGGCGAGAGGUCUGCUGCGGGAGACGCCGCGGUGCUGCCUAGAGCCGUUUCGAGUGCUGGGCUCGCGCCGUGAGGCGUCCUCGGCAUCGCUCAAGGAGCGUCUCACCCGCGACCUCGUGCUUCCGGUGCCGAACGGCCAGUUGGCCGGCAAGCAGUGGGGGCCCGACGACGGACAGCCAGUUCUGGCGCUGCACGGCUGGCUGGACAACGCGGCCGUCUUCGAACCGCUGGUGCCCUUCCUCAAGGCCGAGUUCAAGCUGGUGGCCCUCGACCUACCCGGACACGGCCUGUCCUCGCACCUUCCGGCCCGCGGUCACUACACCCUGGACAGCUACGUCGAGAGCGUGCUGUCGGCCGUCGACCACCUCAAGUGGGACACCUUCUCUGUCCUGGGUCAUGGCAUGGGCGCUGGCAUUGGCUACUACCUCGCCGCGCUACAGCCGGACAGGGUUCCUCGGCUUGCGUCCGUCGAGGGAUCCUUCCCGGCGACGUGCCCCAGCUUCGAGCCGCACGAGUGCGUGGGUGAAGAUGAGGACCAUCGCGAUUCGUACACCAGGCAGGAGGUCAUGGACGUCCUGGCAUCGAGAGGACACAGCGCCGCCUCGGCGGAGCUGCUCAUGGCAAGGGGCUGCACGCGCGUGUUCGGAGACCGCUACGUGUUCACGACCGACCGCCGAUUGAGGCACGCGCGGCCGCAGGGGCUCUACCCGGGCGUCUUCGACAGGACGCUUCCGCGCUACAGAAACAACCUGUUGGUGCUGCAGCGGGACUGCAGGCUCUCGGAUGGCGCAAGGCCGCACCUGGACGCCCUGGAGGCGAUCGUGCGCUGCCUCGGUGCCGAACAAUGCUCGCGCUUCAGCUACGUCGUGCUGGAGAGCGAGAACAACGGGCACGUGACUGAUCCGGACACGGUGGCGCGCAGGGUGAACGACUUCAUGUGCACAUGAACAAACUUUGCACCAAGAGGGUCUGGUGCAUGACGACACAGUUCUUUUUUUCUUUUUCCUGAUCAGGGAAGAACUAUAAGUUAUAACAUAUUGGGGGGAUCCUAUCCCGCGGUAUGCAAGCCAUGGAGAAAGGAAAGUUAAGAAGAAGUGUAGUUUGGAAUUAUUCAAGCAUAUAUACAUGUAUAUAUAGUCAAUACGAAAGAGGUAAUAAUCACAAUGGCGUGGCUUACUGGCGCCUUGGGAAGAAAAUUGUACAAAUGACGGCCGCAUGACGUCAUAGGAAUUAUCAUCACGUGACAGUUUCGAAGCGCAGUCAUAAAAUUAAGCAGAAGCAUUGCGUCAACGUCGUACAAAUGGCGAGCAGCGUCGGUGUCAAAUGAACAUGGCUUAUGAAGGCAUGGAGCCACGGUCACUAUUCUUUUUUUUUUUUUUUUUUUUGCGUCUACGUGAUACGGACAGGCACAUGGUCAAUUCACCGUGCCACUGUCCGUGCGCGCAGACGCCUUUUAUCUCCUCUCUGUUAUAACUCUAUAGUAAUUUAGUCCAAAGACACUCAGGUCCCGACACAGUAAGGAUGGUACUUGAUACUUAAGUAUCAAACGAUAACGCAGGAAUAGAAGGGUUACAGCAAUUUCAUCACUGAUAACUAUACAGUGAUCGUGAAUGAAACAAAAAAGGAACGGUCGCACGUAUAUCGCAAGUGCAUGUUAAUAUGUAUAGAAAAACGUAUAUUCUAGACGAGGGCAAACACAAUCGUUCAUAACUAUGUGUUGUACAUAUAGCAUAUUGUAGAUUUACUCAUAUCUUCGCGUAGGUGUAUAUGGUAUCAUUUGUGUGUUCUUGCGUUUUAAACGAGCCGCAGCACCGCUGAAAUGUGAGAGGUGCCAUGCGUGCUCUUCCCGAAUGCCUUAGAGAAAGAACUCGUUUUCAGGCCAAUAAAAUUUCUUUACUGACGGAGUG